GGCACAACAAGGUCAACAUCCAGGUAGGACAGUGGCUCCUGAAUCAGUGCCACUUGGACUCACACUCAGACACCUUAUUCCUGGGCUACUCAUGACUCAAGUUCUGCUCUCCUAGAGAGGAGUGCAGGGGAGAGACCUUCACCCCACACAGAAGGCCCAGGGCCAUAUCCUGUUGGAAGGUCUGGCAAGCAUAUCUUGGGGAGGGUGGUUUUCUUUCCUGGACAAGGGCAGGGCCAUGCAGACUCCUGGCAGUGUCUUCAUUCCUCCUCUAGAACCAAAGCCUCCUCGUGGUCAAGUGCAAGCUGGAGUCAGAUGUCCAGCGCAUCUCCAAUGAGCACGAGGAGCUCAUCAGUGAGUUCCGCUUGGCUGACGAGAGGGCCAAGAAGGCCAUGACAGACGCUGCCCGCAUGGCAGAAGAGCUCCGGCAAGAGCAGGACCACUGCAUGCACCUGGAGAAAAUCAAGAACUAUGAAGUCACCAUUAAAGACCUGCAGGCCAAGAUGGAGGAGGCCGAACAGCUGGCUCUGAAAGGAGGGAAGCGCAUGAUCAUGAAGCUGGAGGCCAGGGUGAGGGCAAUGCUGAGGCAGCCAGGAGAGGGAAGCCAAAAUCAUGCCCUGCAUUUGAUGAGAAAAUGGGUGGUGCAAGUGCUAUGAAAGAAAAGGAAAUUGAAAUAACAGUUCUAGUUUAUUUACCCAAAGUUCUCCUUUCCUCCACCUCUCUCUCUGUCAUCUUCCUCCUCAGAAUGUCCUUAGCCUCCAAGCAGAGCAGUUUCCAAUAUUUUCCUUCCUCUUAUUACUAACUUAAAACCAGCUUUAGUCUUUAUCCCAUGAAACAUCAGUGCUGGAAGGGCCCAGAAGGUUCAGUCACCUUGUCCCACCUCAGACUCCCCCAUGCCCAGAGGAGGGAACCUAGGCUCAGGGGAAGGUGACCAUGUGGUGACCACAGCAUAGCCCAUAAAAGUCAGAGCCUGGCUUUCCUGCCAAGGGCUCAUCCCAUCACCUCUGGGCAGGAAGUGGAUAUUGCAGCCAUGAUGGCCACGUCCCAGGCCACUGAGCUCUGAAGUUCAAAAACAUGCAUCUCUCAGCUG